AUGAAGACAGGAAUGGCAUUAUCCUGGACGACUGCGACGACUGCGCUGGUCGCAGCUUUCACGUUCUCAAAGGUCUUCAAGUUAGUAUCGGGUCUGAAGGCAGUGAAUUACCUCCCAGGCUUACGGGUGCCAUUUGAACCUCUCAGUUUGCUAGGUGUAAUUGUACCAGAAACGUCAUGGAACCCAGGUUUCAUCUUCGUCUGGACGUGGAGACAUACCAAAAAUAUUUAUCGUCGUUUUGGAAAUGACACCGUCUCGGUGGUACCUUUUCUCUUUGGCGUACCGACACUGUAUACACAAUCUAUGGAAGUCACCAGGCAGGUCGUGUCAACUGGUCAGAAGAUGGGUGUAUUUGGGAAGAGUGAUGAUAUGGGUGGUGGGCUUCGCUAUAAACUUGUCUGGAAUGCUACACAAAAAGUGUAUGCCGACAUGAUCGAGUGUGAAAGGUGGGCAGAGAAAGCGACGAUAGACGUUCCACGUGUCCAAUCACUGACGUUCAAGUUCACCCUCAUCAUCAUUGCCACCUGCGGCUUCGGUCUCCCAUUUUCAUGGGCAGAGCCCCCCUCUCACGAUGGACAAAUGGCCAUCCACCAGUGCAUGGAAAUCCUCCAAAAUGGGUUUGGAAACUGCCGUUGCCAUGGUAGUUCUUCCUACUCGAAUGCAUCGAGUGAGAUUCGUCGUACCCGCCAAGGUUUCGAUACCAUGAGGGCAUUCAUGAAUUCACACGUCCAGGCGAAGCGUGAGGCUAUAAAUUCUUCUGUAGGCGAUGACACAGCGAAAGACUUGCUUUCAUUGUUUGUUCGAGCGAGCGAAGAUGAGGCGGAAAAAAUGCGUUUGGACAACAACGAAUUGAUCGGGAAUAUAUUUGCGUUAUUAUUUGCUGGUCAUGAGACCACUGCACACACUCUGGCAGCCACUCUUGGUUUCUUAUCAUUACACCCAUCUAUGCAGGAAGAGAUAGUCGAACAAAUUCGCGAAGUCACUAAGGGGCGCGAAAAUGGCGAGAUCACAUUCGACGACUAUAGCAAACUAGACAAGGCUCUCGCCGCAUUCUAUGAGGGGGUCAGAAUGUUCCCUUCUGGUGUAUAUCUCAUGAGGGAGGCAAAGCAAGACACUGUACUCAAUCUUUCAGGCAUCGGUGAAGAGCCGAAAAUGUUGCCAAUUUUGAAAGGUACAUAUGUCGUGGUUGACAUGGUUGGCCUCCAUUACAACCCACGAUAUUUCUCUGACCCAGAAGAGUUCAAACCUGCACGAUGGUGUGCGGACCGAACGAGCAAAGAAGUUAUUGAGGAUGUGGAGGAUCACACUGCUUUUAGCAUCGGGCCGCGCUCGUGCCUCGGCAAGAAGUUCGCGACGACUGAAGCCGUCUGUCUCCUGGUACUACUUCUACGCGACUGGCGCGUCGAGCCCCUCCUGUCUGUCAACGUCUCCACUGGGGAGAAGGAAACUACAGAGGAAUGGCGCGCGAGGGUCAUGCAGGCUAAAAUGAAUUUCACAAUGGGCAUCAGAGAUGUUCCACUGACAUUUGUAAAGCGGGUUUGA